CCUCACCGGGCCCCGAAGAUGGCGGCUCUCAAACUCCUCUCCUGUGGGCUUCGGCUCUGCGCCUCCACCCGCGGCUCCGGGGGCGCCUGGUCCAAGGGAUAUGUUUGCUACUUUUCCACCAGUACUCAUCGCCAUACCAAAUUUUAUGCAGAUGCAGUAGAAGCUGUAAAAGAUAUCCCUGAUGGUGCGACGAUUCUGGUUGGUGGUUUUGGGCUUUGUGGAAUUCCAGAGAAUCUUAUAGGAGCUUUGCUAAAGACUGGAGUAAAAGGACUAACUGCAAUCAGCAACAACGCAGGGGUUGACAACUUUGGCUUGGGCCUUUUACUUCGAUCCAAGCAGAUAAAACGCAUGGUCUCUUCAUAUGUGGGAGAAAAUGCAGAAUUUGAACGACAAUACUUGGCUGGUGAAUUAGAAGUAGAGCUGACUCCUCAGGGCACACUUGCAGAGAGGAUUCGUGCAGGUGGCGCUGGAGUUCCUGCAUUUUACACCAGCACAGGGUAUGGGACCCUGGUACAAGAAGGAGGAGCACCCAUCAAAUAUAACAAAGAUGGCAGCAUUGCCAUUGCUAGUAAGCCAAGAGAGGUGAGGGAGUUCAAUGGUCAGCACUUUAUUUUGGAGGAAGCAAUUACAGGGGAUUUUGCUUUGGUGAAAGCCUGGAAGGCAGAUCGAGCAGGAAACGUGACUUUCAGGAAAAGUGCAAGGAAUUUUAACUUGCCCAUGUGCAAAGCUGCAGAAACCACAGUGGUAGAGGUAGAAGAAAUUGUAGAUAUUGGAUCAUUUGCUCCAGAAGACAUCCAUAUUCCUCAGAUUUAUGUACAUCGCCUUAUAAAGGGAGAAAAAUAUGAGAAAAGAAUUGAGCGCUUAUCAAUCCGGAAAGAGGGAGAUGGAAAAGCCAAGUCUACUAAACCUGGAGAUAAUGUAAGGGAACGCAUCAUCAAGCGGGCAGCUCUUGAGUUCGAGGAUGGCAUGUAUGCUAAUUUGGGCAUAGGAAUUCCUCUUCUGGCCAGCAACUUUAUCAGCCCAAAUAUGACUGUUCAUCUUCAAAGUGAAAAUGGAGUCCUGGGUUUGGGUCCAUAUCCAUUGCAACAUGAAGCUGAUGCAGAUCUAAUCAAUGCAGGCAAGGAAACAGUUACUGUUCUUCCAGGAGCCUCUUUUUUCUCCAGCGAUGAAUCAUUUGCAAUGAUUAGAGGGGGACAUGUCAAUCUAACAAUGCUAGGAGCAAUGCAGGUUUCUAAAUAUGGUGACCUGGCUAACUGGAUGAUACCUGGGAAGAUGGUGAAAGGAAUGGGAGGUGCUAUGGAUUUAGUAUCCAGUGCUAAAACCAAAGUGGUGGUCACCAUGGAGCAUUCUGCAAAGGGAAAUGCACAUAAAAUCAUGGAGAAAUGUACGUUACCACUAACUGGAAAGCAAUGUGUCAACCGCAUUAUUACUGAAAAGGCUGUGUUUGACGUGGACAAGAAGAAAGGGCUGACUCUGAUUGAGCUCUGGGAAGGCCUGACAGUGGAUGACAUCCAGAAGAGUACUGGAUGUGAUUUUGCAGUUUCACCAAAACUCAUGCCAAUGCAGCAGAUCACAAAUUGAUAUGUGAACAUUUGUCUCUGGUUGCGUGUUUUUCAUUUUAAAUACAUAGGAUUUAAUUGAAAAAACUUAGUAAUUAUAACUAUAUAUUAAGCAGGUUUUUAAAAAUUACUUUUCUUCUAGUAUUUUAGGCUUUAGGCAAUCAUAUGGACUUUGUUCUCUCAAGUGUGCUAUGACAUUUUAACAGAAAACAAAAUGUAAACAUUUAUGAUGAUCUUAUUUUUUAAUGCUGAGAAGGUUGUCUUUAAAGUUGGUGCUCACGCUGAAUGUAUCUUUGCCUAAUGUGGUUUGCAUGUUAAAUUAUAUGCAGUUUUCACCAAGAUGGGCCCCAAAAAGAGUUUCAUUGAUGUGCUUUCCCUCACAACGAAGUUAUAUUUAUUAGUCCUGAAAGAAAGGUAACAUAUAUGUGAAUUUGUGGUUAGGAGAGAUGCCAUCAUAAUGAUUGUUUUUCCUUUAACCUCCUCUAAUUUUUUUUGGAGGCUCUGAUUUGGGGAUUACAUCUUGUUCCCCGAGUAUCUCUGUUUUCCUAUAUUUCUUGCAGUUGAAUAGAUGCUCGAGAUGGCAAGCAGAAAGUCUCUGUGGGGGAGGAAAGGAAGAAGUAGCUGGUUUAUGGGAGAGACCAAAGGGUAUAGGAUCUACUGGUGCUGACAUCCUACCAAGAAGUUGCCUUUAUAAGCAAACCAACUAUCCGUCUGUGCUUAGACAAAGACUAAGGCUUAUUGUGGGAAGAGGGCUGGAAACCUAACUGAUCUACUCAGACAGUUUUCUCAUUUUAAAACAGUGCAGUAUUCCUUUGUAUCCACAAGGGUGCUUAAGAUUAUUUGUCUAUGUUACUGAGGCCCAGUGGGCUACUUGUACAAUACCUCCUUUUAAGCCAAGAACUGUGAGGUAAUUUAUUAUAAAUCCUUAGUCACAAUGACAGCAGAGUUAAAAAAUAAUAAUGAUACUUUCUUUUCAGGCUCUCAUUUCUGCUGAGAAAAGACUUGAAAUAUUGAAUGACUUUUUCUGCAGAACAGUGGUUUUUAUUCUGCUAAGGCUACUUCCUUUAACAAAGUGCUAAUUAAUUCAGCUUUAGCCAAGUAGGGAAAAUAAUGAUGGGCAAGUCCAGAAUUUGAAGAGUGAGUGGACUUUAUUGUUAGGGAAUAAACAUGGUGACUUAGGUUUGUGAGAAACUUUUCCUUAGAGGUAUCCUUAGUACCAAGCAGUUCCCCAUGGAGAUCGUUUCAGAAGUAUCCUGGAUGUCUGAUGGCAAAGGCUAGGCACCCUGAAGACAGGCCGGACAGCUGACCUCUAGAUAGAGGUAGGCAGAGUACAGUGCAAUAGAUCAUUCCUCUGGCACUAAGUAUAGGAAUCUAUGCAUGUUUCUAGAUGAUGGUGGUCACUGAAACUCACUUCUCUUCUAGAACAGCUACAAUUGUGUCCUAUACAAUGUCAGAAGGAGGAGAGAGGCUUUUUGUAACUAGCACACUCCAUAUAUAAAACAAGCCUGUCUAGCAGGCUGCAUGAUUGAAAGCAUACUCUCCUAGUACUGGUGAAAAAUGACCCUUCUUAGAAUGUGCAAGGUCCAUGAGUGUAAGAUAUAGCUGUAUUAUUAUUUUGAAAAAUGUUAAUGGUCAUUAUAUCUUCAAACUUACUUGCCUAUCAUUCCAGUCUGUUUCUUUAAGAUAAUGUGAUUUUAAGAAUGUUCUAAACCUUGAGUGACAAAACCUAAGUAGAUGACUUUAUAUUUUCGAUUAAAGAAUACCAUGCAUGUUAAGAAAUGCAUUAAGAAAUACAAUAAAUAUUCCAAACUGAUUCA